CUUUUUCGCAUACGUAUGACCUCACUUCCGUAAACGUCAGACGUCACUUCCGUUGCCAUUGGUAACGCUGGGACGCGAAGAGAGAGGCGCGUUGGCGAAAGUCACAAUAUGGCGGAAGUUGAGGAAAUUCUCGAGAGGAUCGAAGCCCAUGCGAGUGUGAGUGGAACAAUCGUCGCCAAUGCAGAAGGUAUUCCAGUCCGGACCACGUUUGAGAACUCCAAAGCGGCAAAGUAUGCGGGACACCUCCGCCACCUGACCGUGUUGGCCAGAAGCACGGUGCGAGACAUUGACCCUCAGAAUGAUCUCACUGUCCUCCGCAUUGGCACCAAGAACCAAGAGAUCAUGAUUGCACCGGAGAGUGACUCCCUCGUGAUCGUCCUUCAGAGAUGCGAGACAUAAAGUGAUAUAAUACCAGCAACAUCUACUUCACUGGUGUGUUUAAUUUCUGCACGACAAUAAGAGCAUCCAUAUAUCACGGUCAACACUUCAAUGUCAAAUAUAAAGUCUUAGAAAUAGUAUUCAUAUGUUUAUUGUUCUGUUGACUACUUUACUCCUGUAUAUAUUGUGUCUUUUUAAUGUGAAAUAAAUAUGACCCGUGGUAGUGAUAUUUAUGAUCGUUUUAUUAACAGUGGAUGUGCAUUAAUAUAAUACAAGAUUCUUAACCUGGGUUCGGUGAGUCGGUCUCAAGGGUUCGGCGAAGGUCAAGACACACCCGACUCAUCGCGUAAAUAAAAACUUCUCCCUAUCACCGUGUUUAUGGUUACCCCCAAACAAUGUUCCCUUUCAUUUUCCAUCUGAUUUGCAGGUGUGCAAAUGUUAGAAUAAUCAUGUAUAAAUGAUCACACAACUCUUAUGUUUAAAGGCCGUUGCUAUAGUUACUAUCAAUUGUGCUGAAGUUGUACUUUUCUAUCUGUGCAAAGGCACACAACUUGUAAAUCUUGCUUUGCGAGUUGUCUCGUGUCAGUUUGUUUCCAGACCCUGCCUGCUGACAGCCAAGGACGGACAUCGAGUACCUCAACGCAGACAAAACAGAGACAGGGCGAAAUCACGAGUGUCAGCCCAUUUGUAUUUCUGAAUAAUCAUGUAUUGUGUCCAACUGGGGCUGCUGAAAUUCCCCCCGCUACCUUCAGAAGCAGCCUCAGUGAUGUUAACUACGGACCUCCCGAAUAAAUAGAGGAGCCGUGGGACUGUACCUUAGAGCGUAGGGUGAAAUUGUAACUGAGUGUACAGCC